GUAACAGUAUAGUGUAUACUGACGAAGGACGCUUUUUGGAUACAAUAGCAGUAACCUAAUUCGAUUAUUUAACUUUGGAAAAUAUUGAUAUCCCGGUUACUUUGCAGCGAAUUGUCGAUAAGAUAUUGCAAGGAUGCGAGUAAUAUCUUUGAAACUACUCUUUCGUGUCAUUCUGAUAUUCACCAUCAAAAUAGCUGAUACUACCAAUGCUGAUACUAAUCUGGAAGAUGACAAAUAUUGUUCAAAUAUUUCCGGACUUUUACCGAUCAGUGUAGUAGCCCCGAUAAAAUAUGACAUUCAACUCGAUAUAAGGUUCGGUUAUAGACUUAUAUCAGGCAUGUCAAAGAUCACGUUUCUUGUGCGGAAACGAACAAAAGUCAUUCAUCUGCAUUCGCACGGACUGAAUGUAGACUAUCACUACACAAAACUUACAUUAUUCAUUCAAUUUUCGGGGCAAAAAGAUGAAAGUGAGAUUGUGUUAUAUACUUUAAAAGAGCAUAAAAAAUGUGAUGGAGCUCAGAUUUUGAUUUUGCUUUUUGAUGAGAAUUUAUAUCCUGGGAAAUAUAAUUUGCAUUUAAAAUUCAGCUAUUUGAGAGAACAACUCGGCGUUAUUCAAUAUUCAUUUCUAACCAAUAAUAUUCCUAGGUUGUUGAUUACAAACAUGUAUCAACGCAAUGCGAUACGAGCAAUGUUUCCAUGCUGGGACGAUCCAGCAGUGAGGGCAUCCUUCAACAUUUCAAUCAAACAUCCUAAUAGCACAGAAGUUUUUUCGAAUAAACCUGUAUUGAAGACAACAACUGAUAUAUAUGGUGUACAAAAGGAAAUUUUUCAUGAAAUGCUCUCAAUGCCUACAUAUCUCAUAGGGAUUGUGAUAGUUGAUCUCAUAAGUGAACUUGAACAAAUGAACUUUAACUAUUUUUGGCACGAAGAAGAUUUAUUCGAUAUCACAUCCCGAAUUAAAACCGCCAAGCUCCAAUUGGCAAAGACCAGUAUUGCAAAUUUAACGUCCAUACUAUCUGACAUAAUGCAAAUGAAUUUUACGAACGUAAUUAAGAAAAUUGACCACGUAGUUUUGAAUACUAAAAUGAAAUCUGUGGGAAAACCUGGACUUAUCGUGUACAAAGAACGAGAUAUACUAUUCAACGAGACAUUGGAUUUUUCUGGUCGACGAUUGCAGAUUAUGUUGCUAAUAGCACGUGAAUUGGUAUAUCAAGUUUUUUAUUCAGUCAGUAACAAUAGCUACAGUGACACAUCGUUAAACGAAAUGCUCGUCUUGUUCUACAGUUAUUAUGCUGUGUCCCAGAUGUCGAUAAAAUUUCCGGUAAUGGAGCUUUUCGUUGUGCAACAUGUACAGCCUAUUAUGGAUUUUGACUACGAUUUUGUCAGGAAUUUUCGUAAUAGUAAGGACGCUGAAAAAAUUGACUCAGUUACUUACCCUCUGUAUGUCUAUAAAGGUGUUGCUCUAAUACGCAUGCUAUUUUAUAUUGUUACUCCAAAAACUUUUCGGGAGGGCAUGAGUGAAUAUGUAAAGAAUAAAACUCAUGACUUAUGGGAAGCUAUGCAAAAUGCUUACCAUUCGAUAAACAAAGAGAACUAUACAAUAAGUAAAAUAAUGGAUACAUGGCUAAGGCAAGAACAUUAUCCUGAGGUGUACGUUCAACGUAAUUUUAAUGGCACUGUAGUAUGUUCUUUAUCAGCAUUUAACCUUGAUGUCACAUGGCAGAUACCUAUAACGUAUAUUACACAGUCAGAUCUUAUAAUUUUUACUUUAGGUAAUGUUGAAUGGUUAAAUUAUUAUCAGGAAGUAACUAUUUCUGACAUUGAACCAAAUGAUUUCAUCUUAGUCAACUUACAACAAAUUGGUUACUAUCGUGUGAAUUACAACAGCAGAAAUUGGGAAAAGAUUGCUUUGUACUUAAAAUUUGACAGUUAUGAACUUAUACCAGUUCUUAAUCGAGCUCAACUGAUCAGUGAUUCGUAUUAUUUCGCGAGUAAGGGCGAACUCGAGUCUACUAUCUUCUUAGAUAUUAUUAGAUAUUUAAAACGGGAAACUGAUUAUAUAGCGUGGUAUCCAAUGUUCAACAUUAUUUUGUCAAUGUCGACUUAUCUUCUUAAAUAUCCGGAGAGCGCAUUUGUGAAAGACCACAUUAUAGAAAUCCUAGACGGACUCCUUAAGAAUAUAGGUUUGAAAGAUUUUCCAACAGAUGAAGAAGGCGCCGUUACAUCAUUGAGACUAAUAGCAAAAGGUUGGGCCUGUACCUUCGGCCAUAAGGAGUGCAUAGAAGAUGCCAGCAUUAAAUUAAUGACACGUAUAUCUAACUCACACAUGAAAACUGACGAGCAUGAAAUAGAGUCUCUAUGGAAGAACAUGGUACUUUGUGUUGGGAUAAAGACGCUAAACAUGACACAGUGGAGGAUGAUUCUGGAUAAGGCCAUGAUCGAAUAUGAUAAUAAUAUAUUACGACUUUUGGCUUGUUCUGAAAAUAAAGAUAUCAUUAUAUAUUAUUUGGAUUUAUUACUGGAUUUAUUACUUUAUCAAAACAAAAAAAUAUCCUGGAAAGAUAUAUAUUAUGAUAUUGUGAAGAGGAAUGCAAACAAGCCCGCCGUACUUAAACAUAUCUUGGACAAUUUUAUCAUAAUAAAAUCUAAACGUGCUAUAAAUGACACCAUAACACUUGCUCACAUAAUUCUGAAUAUGUACUCUACUGAAGAUCUGGACAAGAUAGAAAAAUAUAUUGCAAAGGAUCUCAGCCUGUGGACAGAUCACUGUUUGAAAUGUACUGUUAACCGCUUGAUAUUGUGGCAAAAGAAACAAAUGGCGAAAGUAAUCAGCAAGUUCAGCUUCUUUUAAGGCUACAAGAAUAAAUCGAUUUUAUUACAAUUCGACACAGAAAUCAAUAUCGAUAGAGAAAUUAAAACUGUCUGAUUCCAGUGAUAUAAGUGAAGGAAUUCUAAACUAUAAAUGAUGUUAAUUCGGAAUGUUAAUUCGGAAACUAUAUCAUGUGCUCUUUCGUAGAGAGUUACACAUAUUGAUGUCAAACACAUGUUUUACAUAAUGUAAUUUAUAUUCACUAAUCAUAAUUACAAUAUAUAAAUUGUGUGUAUUUUUCAGAGAAAUUCCUGAUAUAAAAAACUAUAAAUUAACGAGGUUUUCGAGUUUGUAUUGUUAUUAUAUUU